GCGGGCCGCAGCGGGCGCACCGGCCCCCGGCGAGCGCGGGGGUCCGUGUGCGGGGCGCCUCCCCACGCCCCCGGAACCGCGGGGACGGAGCCGGCGCUGUGCCCACUUUGCAGGUGGGACGCGGAGGCUCAGAAAAGUCCGCGGCCGGGGGCGUGAGCGCCGGACUCGGCCGGGCAGGCUGCGCCCUGCCGCCCAGCGCCCCGAGAUCGGGCCCUUCCCCGCGGGGCUCAGGCUCCAGGCCGGGAGCAGAAGGGGCGGGAAGGUCUGCUCCUGGCCGUGGCGUCUGUGUCCCCUCCUCCUGCCGCCGUUCGCAGCAGUGUGGGCGUGGAACCUGCGCUCGGAGCUCGUGUAGGCGGCACCCCCGCGCGGACAGCCAGGGUGGGGGGCGUGCCCCUUCCCUGCUAAGUCCGGGAAGCCAACUGAGUGACUUGAGCUGAGACUUAGGAGGCUGAGGGCCCGCACCCAGAUGUCAUGACUGUCGCCCUACCCCGUGUCCCCCUGUGUGCACUUCCUUGAGUGCCCGUGACCCUUCCAUCAUUAGGGAAUGCGGUCUGCCGAGAGGGCCCAGGCGCUGGCCGGGAGCCGUGUGGGGGCUGCCUCCCCACCUCCUCGAAGCAGCCAUUGCUUAAUGAACUUCUGUCCUUCUUGGGUCCUCUUCACACCCUCAUAAGGAAUCCUGCUUCACCACAGUGCGAAAGAAAAACCCUCCUUACACUGGACCAAACCGUUAUUGCAAACCGAAUUAAAGCCAAGUACCUUCGAUCCCAGAGGAGGCUCAGAGCACUGUGGGCCGCCCUGUGGUUUCCAGCCCGCAGCCCUUGGGGCUCCGCAGGGUCUGAGGAAGGCAGUGUUCCUCUCAGGAAUUGUCACGUUAAGAUUCCAGGUCCCAGGUGCGCAUACCUUCAGCCGGCCUUGGGGAAGAUGGCGACCCUGGGGUAUGGUCAGGAGCCCCCUCGUGUCCCGUCCCCUGUCAAUCUUGCACCACCAGGGACACCUGGAACCCACCACCGCGAGGCCCGGCUUCACCUCCAAGGUCAUCAACACGACUCCGCUGGCGGCGGCCCUGAGGCGCUCUCCCAGCCACUGCCGGAGGAGCAGCUGUCCGGCCUGGAUCUCCGAGAUGCGGGGGAGGUCCGGAUUGGCAGAGACACCUACCGGCCAGACUCGGAGGCAGAGCCGGAGCAGCCUCCGUCAUCUCCCCGCCCGCGCCAUCCCGAGGACGAGGUGGACCAGGCCGGGGGGGCACUGAGGACCCUCCUGAGGAGCCUUCCCCGUAGACCCAAGUGUGCGGACCGCUUCGGGCAGGAGUCCAGCUUGGAGCGGCCCACCGGCCAGCCGCCGGGGACCGCGCCCUGCUCCCAGAAGAGGGGCCCCUGGCGCAUGACGCUGCUGCCCCAGGGAGCCUCGGGGACGGCGGCGGAGCCCGAGCGGGCCGGCGAGCCGGAGGGCGGCCGGGAGUCGGCGCCGGGGGGCCCGCGGGGCGGGAAGCCACACCGCUGUGAGACGUGCGGCAAGAGCUUCAAGUACAAGUCCCUGCUGCUGAAGCACCAGCGCAUCCACACGGGCGAGAAGCCGUACGCGUGCCACGAGUGCGGGAAGCGCUUCCGCGGCUGGUCGGGCUUCAUCCAGCACCACCGCGUGCACACGGGCGAGAAGCCGUACGAGUGCGGCCAGUGCGGCCGCGCCUUCAGCCACAGCUCGCACUUCACGCAGCACCUGCGCACCCACAACGGCGAGAAGCCCUACAAGUGCGGCGAGUGCGGCCAGGCGUUCAGCCAGAGCUCCAACCUGGUGCGGCACCAGCGGCUGCACACGGGCGAGAAGCCGUACGCCUGCAGCCAGUGCGGCAAGGCCUUCAUCUGGAGCUCCGUGCUCAUCGAGCACCAGCGCAUCCACACUGGCGAGAAGCCCUACGAAUGCGGCGAGUGCGGGAAGGCCUUCCGCGGCCGCUCGCACUUCUUCCGUCACCUGCGGACCCACACGGGCGAGAAGCCCUUUGCCUGCGGCGCCUGUGGCAAGGCCUUCGGCCAGAGCUCCCAGCUCAUCCAGCACCAGAGGGUCCACUACCGGGAGUAGCGGGGGUUCCAGGGGGAGGUUGUGGAGGGAGGGCUCCUGCUUACCCCUCUUCCUGAGCCGCACAGCCAGCCCCGCACGCCCAGUGGCCCAAAUAAAUUCUUUUUAAGUGAUGGAAA